UCGAUAUCUCGUAACAUGUGGAUAUCGAUGAGAGCCGAUCCACGUAAUGUUUUCAACUGGGUAUCACGCAGAAAUCCUCUUAAAACAUGUGAAAAAAUCUCUUUAGAACGAGUAAUCAGUGGUGUGACUUUUAUUCAGAGGAUCUUUUUGGAAUUAUAACUAUGGACAACGACCAGAUUUUUACUCCUCCUCCGGAGGCUCCAGUUUUUGAGCCAUCGGAGGAAGAUUUCUCAGACCCCCUCGCUUACAUUGCCAAGAUACGGCCUAUCGCGGAGAAAACUGGCAUCUGUAAAAUCAGACCCCCACCGGACUGGCAACCCCCAUUUGCUGUUGACGUUGAAAAUUUUAGAUUCACACCACGUAUACAAAGACUGAAUGAACUUGAGGCUAAGACAAGAAUAAAGCUUAACUUCUUGGACAGCAUCGCCAAGUUUUGGGAGCUGCAGGGUUGCAGGCUGAAAAUACCCAAUGUGUGUGGCAAAUGCUUAGACUUGUACAAUUUGAGCAAGAUUGUUCAAGAUGAAUGUGGAUUCGAGAUAGUGUGCAGAGAAAGAAAGUGGAGCAGGGUUGCAAAUAGGCUUCACUACCCUCCGGGUAAAGGUGUUGGAAGUCAACUCCUGAAGCAUUACGAGAGGAUACUCUGGCCUUACGAUGUCUUCCAUUCUGGAGCGUCCUUUGACCAACCAGUGCAACCACUACCAGAAGGUGAUGCAAAGGACAAGGACUAUGUACCUCACGGGAUUCCUUCCAGACAGGCCAUCAAACCACCUUCUACAGGGGGAUACAGUCGCAGGGUCAAGAGACAAGCACCCGAGUGUUCCCUACUGUCUCGUACCCCACAGGAACCCCUGACAGUGGACAUCAGUAACAACCCGGAGCUGAAGAAGCUCCAGCUCUUCGGUCCUGGACCAAAGUUUGCUGGACUGGGCCUUGUGGCCCAGCCAGGAGAGAAGAAAGGUAGUUUUGACGAAAUCCCCAUGAUGAUGAGCCCCGAAAGAAAUGGUUUAGAUGGAUCCUGGGCCAAGCUAGAUCGUCAGUCUAGCACAUCUGAGCAAGACACUAAAGAAUCCAAGGGAACCCCCAAGAAGACUCCCAAGUCCUCUCCAAGAAAGACCGCGCACGAUCUGGCUGCUGCUAGCUCCAAUAUGCAGAUGAGGGCUAGGACAGGCGUCAGUCUGAUUGAGAUGUACAUGUGUCACACAUGUGGGCGUGGCGAUGUCGAGGACUGUCUCCUUCUCUGUGAUGGGUGUGAUGAUAGCUUCCACACAUUCUGUCUUAUCCCUCCUCUACCAGAGGUCCCUAAAGGAGACUGGAGAUGCCCUUCCUGUGUUGCCAAGGGUCUGAGUAAACCCCAGGAUCCCUUCGGUUUUGAGACAGCUCGCAAAGAAUACUCUCUGCAGACAUUUGGAGAGAAGGCUGACCAGUUCAAGAAAGAUUUCUUCUCCAUGCCAGUCCAUAUGGUUCCACCUGAGCAGAUUGAGAAGGAAUUCUGGAGAUUGGUGCAGUCUGUAGAGGAUGAUGUGUUGGUAGAGUAUGGGGCUGAUAUCCAUACCCUUACCCAAGGCAGCGGUUUCCCUACCAAGAAGAGCAAGGUGGUUGCUCCUGAAGACCAGGAGUACAUCACUUCCCCGUGGAAUCUGAACAACCUGCCCGUCCAAGAUGAAUCGGUCUUAUGCCACAUCAAUGCUGACAUCUCUGGCAUGAAGGUACCCUGGAUCUAUGUGGGUAUGUGCUUCUCAUCCUUCUGCUGGCAUAAUGAAGAUCACUGGAGUUAUUCUAUCAACUAUCUCCACUGGGGUGAGCCAAAGACAUGGUACGGAGUACCCGGGAGUGCAGCGGAGCUAUUUGAGAGUGCAAUGAAACGCCAAGCCCCUGAGUUGUUUGAUGCUCAGCCUGAUCUACUCCAUCAGCUGGUCACUAUCAUGUCGCCUACCGUACUCAUGAAUCACGGAGUCCCUAUUGUGAGGACCAACCAGUGUGCUGGAGAGUUUGUGGUGACGUUCCCUAGAGCCUAUCAUGCAGGCUUCAACCAAGGAUACAACUUUGCUGAAGCUGUCAACUUCUGCCCUGCAGAUUGGCUUCCAAUGGGCAGGGCGUGCAUCGACUACUACCGCUCCUUGCAGCGCGUGUGUGUGUUCUCACACGAGGAGCUGGUGUGUAAGAUGGCAGCAGACCCAGAGAGCCUGGACCUGAGCAUGGCUGCGGCAGUGUACAAGGAGAUGCUCCACAUCGUCAAUGAGGAGAAGAGAUGCAGGAAGGCGCUGUUGGAAAGAGGUAUCACUGAGGCAGAGCGUGAGGCCUUUGAGCUGCUGCCUGACGAUGAGAGACAGUGCGAGAGCUGUAAGACUACAUGCUUCCUCUCAGCCAUCACAUGCCCGUGCACUCCUAACAAGCUGGUCUGCAUACACCAUGUGGACAAACUGUGUGACUGCCUAUCUUCCAGGCACUGUCUCAGAUAUCGAUACACCCUGGAUGAACUGCCAGCAAUGUUGCAUAACCUGAAAAUCCGAGCAGAAUCCUUUGACAACUGGGCGAACAAGGUCAAGAAUGCCCUUGAAGCGUCCCAGGAUUCCAAACUAGACAUGCCCCAGUUGAAGGAGAUGAUUGAGGAGGCUGAUGAGAAGCAUUUCCCUGACAAUGAGCUGCUCCAGCAGUUGAUGAAUGCUGUGGCAGAGGCCGAGAGAUGUGCCAGUGUUGCCCUACAGCUCGUCAACAAGAAACACAGGACAAGAAGCAAGAGCAAUGUGGACUCUAAGUUUGUGACCAAGCUGAACUAUGAGGAACUCACAGACUUCAUGGAACAGGUCCAGAGUCUGCCUUGUGACAUCCGUGAGGCUGAACUCGUCCAGAAACUUGUAGAUGAGGUUGAGAAGUUCCGUUCUGAAGCCCAGGAUGCUCUAUCCGAUGCCAUCCCAAACUCUGAUAAACUCAAGAGACUUCUUGAAGCUGGUGCUGCACUGGACAUAGAGCUUCCAGAGAUUCCUAAACUAAAACUGGAGCUUCACCAAGCUAGAUGGCUUGAUGAUGUACGUGCUACCCUUGCCCUACCUACCAGCGUCACCCUUGAGACCCUACGCAAGCUGAUAGACUCCGGUGUGAGUCUAGCUCCACACCAAGCCAUUGAGAAGGCAAUGGCUGAGCUCCAAGAACUCUUGACUGUCAGUGAGAGAUGGGAAGAGAAAGCUAAGCUCUGUUUGGUUGCAAAGCCGAGACAUGCCAUCGCUACUCUAGAGGCAAUCAUCAACGAGGCACGCAACAUCCCUGUUCACCUUCCCAACACAAUAUCUCUCAAGGAAGCACUCAAGAAGGCUAAAGACUGGAGCAAGCAGAUUGAAGAAAUACAGAGUGGUGAACACUUCCCCUACCUGGAUGUCCUGGAGUGCAUGGUGGUCCAUGGUCGUUCCAUCCCAGUGCGCCUUGAACAGCUAGCCCAAGUAGAGUCCCAGGUGGCUGCAGCCAGGGCCUGGAGGGACAGAGCAGGACGUACCUUUCUCAAGAAGAACUCCUCCUACACUCUCCUAGAGGUGCUGUCUCCGAGAGCAGAUAUCGGUCAGUACCUGUCAGGGAAGGCCAGGCGCAAGAAACAGAAGGACAUGGAGAGGUUGAAGGAGCAGGAGAAGGAGUAUGCAACGGAUGUGGACAUUGAUAGCAGUACCAGUGGAUCUAGGGACCCAGCCACCUUUAUGGCAUCUUACAAGAAUGCUGAGAUUGAAGAGCUGGAUGCAAUCAACACCUUAAGAGACAAGAAUCGUCGCAAACAACAGCUUGAGGAGGAUGGUGUAGAGCAGGGCAAGUACUGUGUGUGUCGUAAGCCAGUCAGUGGCUUCAUGCUUCAGUGUGAACUGUGUAAGGACUGGUUCCACACAACCUGUGUUCCCUUGCCAAAGGCAUCCAACAAGUCAAAGUUUUCCAACGGUCUUGGUGGAAGUAAUGUUUCCACCUCUAGUGGUGUCCAGAACAUCAAGGAUGUCAAGUUUCUCUGUCCAAUGUGCUUGAGAUCACGCAGGCCUCGCCUAGAGACUAUCUUAUCACUUCUGGUGUCUCUUCAGAAGCUUCCUGUGAGAUUGCCUGAGGGAGAAGCCCUCCAGAGACUGACAGAACAUGCCAUGAACUGGCAGGACCGUGCCAAGCAAGCACUAGCAACAGAUGAACUCUCAGAUGCCCUCACUAGGCUCUCCUCCAUGAGCCAAAAAAUGAUGGAGCAGGCAGCCAAAGCCAAGACAGAACGCAUCAUCUCAGCAGAGCUCAAGAAAGCAGCCAGGAAGCCAGAGCUUCAGGAGCGUGUGGAAAGCAUCACAGCAAUGGUUGCUGAAUCAAGUAACGGUGUCCACCAUGACUCCAUCCUACAUGGUAUGCCACCCGUUCCUACAAAGUCUGAGGGGAUGAGGCGAGAUGAGGAGGAAGAACAGGUUGACAUGGACAUGGGUGUAUCUAUCACUAUGGAUGUGUCCUCUGAUGAUGUAGGGGUUGAUGUUCCGUCUGUGAUGUCCAGUGGAAUGGACACAGGCUUUGCAUCAGAACAUGCUUACAGUGCAGCCUCCAAACCAGCACCUUCUCAGCCCUCCAAGAAGCACCCCAGAAAGACCCCCUUGAUUCCUCGUACUAUGGACCCAACAUCUCCGCCACCCCCCUUGGGUUCCUCCACUGGCUCCCAAUCUUCAGCCACUCUGGAGCUGUCUCUCUAUGCUAGGGCUCAGCUAGAGGAUCUGAUGGUAGAGGGGGACCUGCUAGAAGUCUCCUUGGAUGACACUCAGCAGCUAUGGCGUGUCCUACAGGCAUGCCAACCGGUCCAGCAGGAACGCUUCAUGGAACACAUUCUGGAGCAAAUGCCACCUGAAAGCCUGGAGAAACUCAAGGUCAAAUCGGAGGCCAAGGAGAAGAAGAAGAUGAAACUGAAACGCAAGAAGGAAGACAUAGAGAUCAUGUCAGCUGAAAUGAAACUGGAGAAGAAGAAAAAGAAGAAAGAGAAGAAGGAGAAGGAACUGGUUCCCCCCGGGUCUGCUCCCUUGACACCCCAGAAGAAAUUAGGAGAGAAGGUGAAGAAAGAGGGCAAGGAGAACAAAGAGAAACAGAAGAAGAAAAUGAAGAGGAAGAAGGGUGAGAAGCUGUUAGGUCCAGGUAACCUGCCUAUCAAGAAGGAGGACACUAAGGAUGAGCUCAUAGUCAAUGUUGAUGGAGAUGAAGAUGAAGAUGAUGAAGUGUGCUCUGCUAAGAAGUGUCUGAGACCCCUGGGUGAUGAUAUCAACUGGGUGCAGUGUGAUUGCUGUGAAAAGUGGUAUCAUCUGCUCUGCAUCGGUAUGAAGCAACAACCAGAUGAAGAUGAAGACUUUGUCUGCAGAAUAUGUAUUAAGAAGCGUGCACUCCAGAAGGCAGGUGGACAGAAACCAAAGCAGAGGACUGACAGUACUAGCCCAAGCCCAGUUACUACCCCUAUCAAACAGACCAUGACGUCAACAGCCUCUCAAGAAAUCAUCACUAAGACUGUUGCCAUGACACAAGGAGUGGUCAAGGUACACUCUUCAGGUAGAUCCAGUGGCAGGAGCUCCCCUGCCACAGUGUCCAGUGGACGAAACUCUCCUACACUUGUACCGAAGAAGGAAGAGGCACAAGGGACAUCUGGUAGGAGUUCUCCAGCUCUGUCCACUAGCGGACGUAAAACACCAUCAGCCAUGUCCCUUGGUAGGAAUUCUCCUCUCACGCUAAGCACUGGAAGAAGUUCCCCUGCAACAGUAACCAUGCAUGCAGCCACUGGUAGGAAGUCACCAGCCCUUACUUUGGCAGACAGGAAAUCACCUCUGAUCUUCACCAGUAAGAGCGAAAUGACCAAAGAUGGUCCAACCGAGUUAGAUAUAACUUCUCAAUCUGCAAUGUCAGUGCAGAAAGCUGUGGAAAGCAUCCUCCCUAUGGACAAAGAUACAGAGAAUAAGAUGGUGUGUGAAGAAAAUGAUCAGGUUCUGGUUCAGAAGCAGAGUGUAAAACUUGAGGUUGUCACAAAACCAAGCUCUGAAAUCACUGAAGUGAAGCCCAGCCCACAUGCUGUUGUUGUUCCACUCAUCACAUCGAAACCUUCAGAUGAAGGAUCUGAAACCCAGAAAGAAGACUCUGCGGCCUCUGCAAAGAUAAUAGAUCCACAAGAGCCUAUGUCAACAAAUGAGCAGCCACAAGCAAGUGUAGCAUCAUCCCAAAUGCUGUGUGAAAGUGUACAAUCGGAGGCGAGUGUCACUGUUGUAAAGUCAGAAACUGUUGCAGCGGCAUCCUUGCUGGAGAUAGGCCAAGAAGUUAGUGAAGCCAUCCAAGAUCCCUCGACUACUGAAGAUCCAAAAUGUGAGAACACUGUGCCAGACGGUACAAGUAUCCAUAUGUCACAAUCAGAUGAUUUAAAGGACACUUCUGAAUCUAAAAAUGAUAUGGAACCCAUGCCUGUAGAUGCUGUCACAUCAAACGAAGAAGUGGAAACCAAGGCAUCUGAAAUUCCAGAUUCCGAGAGGAAGGUCGAUCCAAAACCACUCUCUCCAUCAAGUGAGCAAAUGGAAGUGCAGCUUGCCAUAGAAGCAUGUCAGAACUCUGGCACAGAAAGUGAGCAACCUCCAGAUGAUGUUAAAGUAGCAGUAGAAUCUGAGAACUUGCCAGAAGAACCUAUUCAGCCGACUGAUUCACAGUCCUCCUCCGAAAGCAAUGAGAAUGAAGUGCCACCUGCAGUAUCGGAUGAUACACUAGUAGCACAGCCUUCAUCACCACCAACUCUCAUCAAAGAACCUGAGAGUAAUUUACCAGAUACAGUUGAGACUCUUGAACCACCACUUGUAGAACCAGUUGAACUUGAACCAAUUGCCACUCAGUGUGCCUCUUCAAAGGCACCUGAUGCUCCUGCACUGAUCCAGGAAGAAGAAGACAAGACUCCUCCAAGUGAACCAUCGGAGCCAAUGGAGGUCACAGAGUCACUAGAUAGUGAACCAAGGCAAGAGUCUGAAGGCACAGGGGAGACAUUCCCAGAGAGAGUAUGUGAUGUGAGUGAUGAGCAAAUGGAGUCAUCAUGAGAGAAGCUGGAGUAUUUCAGAUGAUCAGGGGGGCGUUUCACAAAGCCUUUUUUUAAUGACAAAAGACAAAAAUCAGUGACAAGUCUGCUGAUAACCAAUCAGAAGCAAGGAUUUCAGUAGCUUAUAACAAAAACUGUCAUCUGUCACUGAUGACAAGUUUUGUGAAACGCCCCCCAGAUGAUCAGAACUGAGUAUAGACAUCAUGAAAAGUAGAUGGCAAAGACUUAAUGUCAUGUAAUCAUGACAGAUCUAAUUCAUUACUACAGUUCUUAUAGCAAAAUAGAAAGAUGUGUUUCACAAUAAAUUUAGUCAUCCAUUUCCCAAACGAUUUCCACAUGUUCCGUUACUUCAUUGUUUAUACUGCAACUUAAGAAAGUUACUUUUCACUUUUUAAAAAAGUGAGGUAGGGCAAGUGGAAAGACAUGUACUAAUCAAAUACAGAUAGGUCAUACUCUGUGAUUCUAAAUUUGUUAGCAAAUGAUGGUUUACUAUCUUUUUAUAUCACAAAAACAUGUGUUGAUGUUUUUUUAACUGAUGGUUGUGAUUUCUGUCGUUUGAUUUCUUGGAUGACUAAGUUCUGUUUUUGCACAGUUUGACAACAUGUCAUCGAGGGAUAUUAGAAGGUAGAAAAGAUAUAGGCUUUCGAUACAGUAUACAAUGUUAACAAGAGGAGAUCUUGUGUGUAAUUAUUAGCACAUGUACAUGAAAUUAAGUAUUUGCAAAGCUUUAUAAACAUACUCGGAGCAAAAAACUACAGAAAAUGUGAAAUUUCACUUAGACUUCAUGUAAUGUAGUAUGUAUAUGACAUAAAGAAGUUCACAUUCAUUUACCAUGUAAUGACUAUAUACAAAUUGAUUACUGUUGCAGGUUGUUUACGUACAGACAUUACAUAAUGUUGACUCAAUCUACUCAAUGAAUAACAUUACAUACUAGCCUCAGCCACAGUGAUACUCACAAUAUUUCAGCAACAAACUGGAACCAUACAAACCAUGUUACACUGCAAACGUCUACCUCUUGAGUCGCUUAUGUUGGCUUCAUAACCCAUUCAAAUUCUUUGUGUUUGAAACCGGUGCAUGAUUUCUUUAAAUUCAUUUUGUAUCUUGUUUCUGUUCCUGUUUCUUAAACAAGAGGUUCAAAUAUUCAAUUUGAUUGUUCAUCUUGUAAAUAUGUAUCAUGUUGUCAUGGAAAUGCAUUCAUUUUCUUGAGUUGAUAAUUGUAUAUUAUUGUGCUUGCACAGUGAAAUAUGUGGCAGUGCACAUGCUGAAUGUGUUUGAAAUCUUGUCGCAGAAAUUAAUACUAUCUAUCAGAGGCAUAAACGUGUUGACGACAAUCUUAUAAACUAGUGCAUAACAUUCAAAAGAUGUCCGAAUGGAGAGGCAAAAUUUUUGUUUUGAUUUUCACUUUUCCUUCUUGUACAAACAACAAGAGGAAAACAACAACUUGUGGAAGGGCAUAUUCUUUCUUUCUUUGGUCAUGUUAACCGUAUUUGCCUUCAACUAAACAGUGAGCAUGUAGAGAAAAGUUGUAUAUAUAGAAGAAAAAAAAUUCACUUUCAAUGUAUGUUCCACAUAGAAUGCUUCCCAUGAUUGAUUUGUGGUGAGUGAUUAAUAUUUGAUUCAGCUUGGGUUACAAAGCAAGGUUUUGAUCUACAAAAUAUUGAUGUUUAGAUGAUGAUCAAAGUGCAAAAAGUUGAAGACUUUGUACAAAUACAGGUACAUUAAUGAUGUAACAAUAACAUAGAUUGACAAAUCACCUAUCCUUGACUGUCUCGUGAUGUAAAUUGAUUUUCCUUGUACUUUGCAAAUUGUGAAAUAUUUAAUGAAUCAUGCAUGUAUUUAAGCGAGACAAAAUGGUGUCUCUUUCUAAACAAUCAUCUUUUUUUUUCGCUUUUGGGUAAGAACAUCUUCUCUUUGUAUUUCUUCUUUUUGUACAAUCUUGUUUAUACAUGUACGUGGACAUUUGUAAAUUGGCAUUAGCUCUGAUUGUCCAUCACAAUGAAAGAGGCAUAAAUGAAUACAACAACCGACUUAAGCGAAUGCAACAAUAGAAUAUGGGAAGUUACCAGUCAUAUGGCGAUUGCAGUAAUCAUUUUUGAAAGAAAAUCUAUGUUUUUCAUUUUGAAAAGACGAGCCUGUUUGGAUAUGUAUUUUUUUCCAGUUACUGCAUGCAUUUUAAGAUAGAAGAUGCCCAAGUUGGGCAAUGAGACUUGGAUAUCCCACAGUAAGUUUCUCUAAUGAGUAGUGGUGUAUGUCGUGGAGAGCCCACCGCGAUUAGUUCCCUGCUUUUCGAAAGGUCAUACCAGAAACACCAACUCCCACAGUCAACCUGGCAUGCAGUCACUGGGCUUCUAAUACAUGUAGCAACCCAACAAGUUUAGGCCUUGGGCUUGGUUACAAUUUUCUUUGUUUUCUUUCUGUUCUGUCCUUAGAAUGCUGUAAAUAUAUAUGUGUAUAAAAGAUGUGUUUGAAUCUGAAGGGUAGACGUAGAGGAUCUAGAUCAAAUGAUAUUUGUAUGUUGUAUUUCUCUUGCACUUGGUGAAAAAAUGGGGGAAAGCGAUAAAGACCAAUCAGUAGACAUUUCUGUUGUCUAAUUUAACAUUUCAAAUGUAAAUUAUCUUAAUUCCAAUUGAAGGAAUCAUAUAUCGAGAAGGUCAAUGUUACAACCAUUUCAAUUUUUUUGCUAGAGAAAUAAAGCCUUUGUGCUAUGAAAGCUAAGCUGUGUUUGAAAUUCAAUCAAUGUUUAUCAUAAAACUUGUUAGAUAGACACAUUCAAGAAUGAAUCCCUAUAUCUGAGAACUGUAUAUUGAUAUUUGUUGCCUGACUCUGCUAACGAGGUCAAGGAAGUGCAGCUCAGUACAUGAGCACAUCAUACUUCUCAAAUUAAAUGCUUGCAAAAACAUUUUCCCCCUUUCUCUCUGUUAAUUCCCCCCUCAUUAUUUGUAUCCAAUGUGUUGUAUUAGACUCUGCAAUAAAGAGAGACUUCAAUGGGUACUCAUUAAACCAUUA